AUGGCUAACCCAAUAGGGGAAUGCAAAACCAUAACUCUAAGAAGUGGGAAGGUUGUAGAGGAAGGAGCCCCAAGCAAAGAUAAUCAUGAAGAGGUUGCACCAAAACAUAGGAGCGAGGAUGAAGGGGAGAUUCCAGCUACACCUCCACCAAAACCAGUUUUGAAGCCCUAUGUGCCAAAGGCACCAUACCCGCAAAGACUGAGAAAAGAUGGGAAAGAUGACCAGUUCUUCAAGUUCCUAGAUAUCUUUAAGAGGCUUCAAAUCAACAUACCAUUUGCUGAGGCAUUAGAACAAAUGCCACUCUAUGCCAAGUUCUUGAAGGAGCUUAUAACCAAAAAGAGGAACUGGGAAGCAAAAGAAACCAUAGUGUUGACUGAGGAGUAUAGCCCUUGGGUAAGCCCGGUGCAAGUAGUUCCUAAGAAGGGAGGGAUCACUGUUGUGGCAAAUGAGAAGAAAGGACUGAUACCCAUAAGGACGGUGACCGGAUGGCGUAUGUGCAUUGACUACCGGAAACUUAAUGAAGCCACCGGGAAAGAUCACUUUCCCCUACCCUUCGUGGAUCAAAUGCUUGAAAGAUUGGCAGGACAUGAAGAAUGCAUGGUAGCCUUUGAUGAACUCAAAAAGAAACUCUCCUCUACACCUAUCAUAGCACCACCAAACUGGGAUCUUCCCUUUGAGCUAAUGUGUGAUGCAUCUGAUUUUGCUGUUGGUGCUGUCCUAGGACAGAGGAAAGACAAGCUAGUACAUGUUAUUUACUAUGCUAGCAAGGUCCUUAAUGAUAAUCAAAAGAACUAUACCACCACAGAGAAAGAACUUUUAGCCAUAGUUUUUGCUUUUGAUAAGUAUAGAUUAUAUCUUAUUGGCUCAAAAAUUAAAGAUAGGAGCGGAGCAGAGAACAAGGUAGCUGACCACCUCUCAAGGAUCCCACAAGAAGAAGAGAUGCAGCAAAUGGCAGUAAAUGAAAGAUUUACUGAUGAACAAUUGAUGAUGAUUCAAGUAGCUCCUUUGUUCGCGGACAUAGCCAAUUUCAAUGCUAUUGGGGAGCUACCAACUAACAUCAAUAAGCACAUGAAGAGGAAACUAAUCAAGGAUGCCAAACACUACAUCUGGGAUGACCCCUAUUUGUUCAAAAAGUGUACUGAUGGUGUCCAAAGAAGGUGUAUAUCCCACGAAGAAGGGCAGGAAGUAUUAUGGCAGUGCCAUGGAUCAGCAUAUCAAGGUUACUUCAGUGGAGAAAGGACGGCAGCAAAAGUGCUCCAAUCCAGAUUUUACUGGCCAACAAUGUUUAUGGAUGCCAAGGAAAUGGUGUCAAGGUGUGAUGAAUGUAAAAGAGCUGGAAAUCUAACAAAGAGGAAUGAGAUGCCACAGCAAUACAUACUAGAGCUGGAACUAUUUGAUGUAUGGGGAAUAGAUUUCAUGGGACCCUUCCUAACCUCUUACUCAAACAGCUACAUAUUAGUGGCUGUUGAUUAUGUUUCAAGAUGGGUAGAGGCCAUAGCUACUGCAACAAAUGACAACAAGACCAACGGGCAAGCCGAGAUCUCCAACAGGGAGCUAAAACAAAUCCUUGAAAAAACUGUUGGAAGCUCAGUAAAGGACUGGUCUAGGAAGCUAGACGAUGCUCUAUGGGCCUACAGGACAGCCUUCAAAACCCCCAUUGGGAUGUCACCAUAUCAACUAGUAUUUGGCAAGGCUUGCCACUUGCUAGUUGAACUAGAGCAUAGAGCCUUCUGGGCUCUAAAACUACUGAAUUUUGAUGAGCAAGUUGCUGGAGAAAAGAUAUUGAUGAAACUCAAUGAACUGGAAGAGUUUAGAAAUCAAGCAUAUGAGAAUGAAAAAAUCUUCAAAGAGAACACAAAAAGGUGGCAUGACCAAAAGAUAGCAAUAAGGGAGUUCACUGAAGGACAGAAGGUGUUACUCUACAACUCAAGACUCAAGUUCUUCCCUGGAAAACUUAAGUCUCGAUGGUCAGGACCUUUCACCAUACUCAAAGUGUUUCCCUAUGGUCAUGUGGAGCUCAUGGAAGACAAGACUCAGAGAACUUUUUCUGUUAAUGGCCAUAGACUCAAACACUACUUGGGAGGCUCCUUGGAGGAGCAGAGAGUAAGCUACAAGCUCAGCUAA